CUUACAGCCCUGGUCCCGUCGGGGCGCCCGCGGGAGUGCGCGUUGGGGGUGAAGGCGAGCAGCGGUUGCUUGAGGGGGGCGAGGCCGAAACCCCCACCCCUCUAGGGCACGGUCGCCGAGGCGCCCCUGACCCGAGGGUGUUUGUGUGUACCCGCCCAGGGAGACAUGGAGAGCUGUCUGGCGGCCGCGGCGCUGAACGGGGUGGACCGACGUGCCCUGCAGCGCUCGGCUAGGCUGGGCCAAGAAGUGCUGGAGCGGGCCAAGAGAAGGGCGGUGGACUGGCAUUCGCAGGAGCGUCCCAGAGGCAGCACGGGGGUCCUUUCCCGGGAGGGACCCUACCACGCAAGAAGGCCGCCCGCCGGCCCGCUGUGCCUUCUCCCGGGAGAGAGAGAAGAAAGGCACCCGACCCUUAGUGCUUCGUUCAGAACGAUGGCUGAAUUCAUGGACUAUACUUCAAGCCAGUGUGGGAAAUAUUACUCAUCUGUGCCAGAAGAAGGAGGGACCACCCACGUCUGUCGUUAUCACAGAGGGAAGUCAACGGUGCACCUGUGUUCAGAAACCGGGAAUGGUCAGGCUGAGGACAUCUCUAAGGACCUCUACAUAGAAGUCUACCCAGGGACCUAUUCUGUCACUGUGGGCUCAAGUGACUUCACCAAGAAGACUCACGUGGUAGCGGUGGAUUCAGGACAAAGUGUGGACUUGGUCUUCCCAGUAUGAUGGUGACCAUCACUGCCAUCACCUCUUUUUAAGUAGCAAGAAGAAUAAAGCCAUGGUCUGAUCCUUGUAGUAGUUAACACAUUACUACUGCUUCUCGUGCUGAUUGCACAGGGCCAGUCUUCCGGUGAACUGGCCUCUGCUGCUUUUGGUGGCUGCUUUGAUAUGUACAAAUCCCCACCCUUGUUGAUUGAAAUAAUGUGAUGAUGCUGUCUCAACAGAUUUUAUUGCUUGCUUUCCAAGGAAAGACUAAUUAUGAUAAUAAAGGGAGAGAUCUGGAA